GUAAAAUUUAGAACACGCAUACUAAGUCUCUCCUGAUAGAUCGUUAUGUUUAUUUUGCAACAGGUGAUCAUUCAUAGGGGGAUUUGGUUUUAGUUUUUACUUUGCUGGUUUCAACAUUAAAACAGAAUUAUGGAUCAAUCAUAUCAGUUAUAUAUUUUUAUAUUAUCGACAACUAUCCUUUUCACAGAUAUCAAGCCAACGGGCAAUUUUUCACAUAAUUGGUUUGAUGCUCAAGAUCAUUGUUUGGGUCAGGGAUUAACUAUAGAUAAAGACAAAAGUAUCCAACCAUAUUGGACAGGAGUUUUUCGCCGAUUGACACCAUGGAUAAAUAUUUUAGGAUGCUAUUCAGAUUCCGUGGAACUAAUUCCAACCGUUGUUAAAAAGACUAUGAUGAUAAGUUCUGUUGGAAUGUGUCAAGAACUGUGUUAUCAUGAAAAUAGUUAUAAGUUCGCUAUAAAAACGAAUAACUGUUUGUGUAUGCAGAGCGACCUCAACUUAAAUUCUUUUGAUAAACUGUCACCUUCUGCUUGUAACCUCACUUGUGAAGAUAACACAGACAUUGUUUAUGCAGGAGAUUGUGGUGGGGAAAACGCUUACAACUUAUUUGAAUUUAAAGAAGUCAGUUUUAACUCUGUGGAAAGAUGUAUGAGUUUACAAUGUUCCAAAGAAGAUAUACGAUUUAUACCGCAAACAUGUUCUUCAUCCUUUUACAAAGUGUGUGAAAAUAUGAACUUAACAGAUAAUGGUUAUGCCAGUAGUUGGAUUAUUUCAAUGGACCAAUGUAAGAAAUCACAUCCGCCUAAUUAUCUGUUGGGAAAUGUCGUUUUCAAUAAUCCACGCCUUACCUGUACUCUUUUAAACUACCAAUUUCCGAUUGUGUGGAUAGGCGUGGCACGACAAAUUUACACAAGUUUUGAUCAAGGAUUGGAAGUAAAGAGAGAACAAAGAGGAACAUUUGUAGAAUGCCAAAUGUGCACAAAUAACGACUGCCUAUUUAGACCCUGUUUUGAUCAAUUAAGGGGUUCCAUAUUCUGUCAAAGUAUAUCGAACACUUCCCUAAGCCGAACAACGGAAUACGUAACAACGUCACAAGGAAGAUUUUCGGCAUCAACCUUUAUACCGAAUAGUUCAGUAUCUAAAACUGGAAAUUACGAUAGAGACCUGUUUUCAGUAACGAGUGAAUCAGGUGACGAGUUAGUUUUUAAAAUAACCUUGCCACUCACCUUAGGUCUAAUCGUUUUACUUCUGUGUUUAGUUGGAGUGGUGCUUUAUAAAAGAAGAAGUAAGAUGACGAAGACUGAUAGAACUAAAAAAGCAGAUGUCAAAUUUGUGUCUAAGAAAAAAGUUUAUUCAGAGUUGGAUUUUUCCGAGGGUAACCCAUCUUUUGCAUUGGAACACUGCUAUCAGAAAAUAUCAAAGGGAAGUAAUUCAUUAAAUGAAAGUCCCUGCAGCAAACAAGACGGUGUUAAUGACUAUCAAAGGGACAGACAUACGGAAAGGAAUAUUAUAUAUCAAAACGCUUCAGCUAAUAUUACCGGAGAUACGUCCGGGUAUGACACCAUUGCAUACAGCAAAAACCAGGAAGAAGAGGCUACCUACGAUCAUUUACGUCAAAAUGCAAAUGAGACUUAAUGAUGUGAUGUACCUCUCGACAUUGGAAUAACAAUUUCUAAUAAAAUGCUGCUUAAAAGUUCUUUUCUGGAAUUCCUGAGCAACACAAUUAAGAUACUGAACAACUUGUACUAAAUACUAUCAACAACUACAUUCUGAAAUCCGCUGAAAUUACUCUUGAUAGAUAUUCGAUUAGUGAUUCACAUCUUUUUGGACCUCCACAAGGGUCGAAGUCUCGACCUAAAGACAUAAUUGUGCGCUUCACUAGAUAUCGAGACCGUGACGCUGUUUUUAAGAACAAGAGGAGUAUUACGAGCAUGAACAAAAAUCCGACGAACAAUUACAAAAAAUUCGACAGCGAGGCUUUUACAAGACACAUGCCUGUAGCUGUCGAAACAGACCAGGCAUCUUCCUGCUGGACUAAUGACGUGAAAAUAAUUGUUAAACUUAACAAUGCUAGGAAAAUCGCCAUUUGCUACGAAGAAGAUGUAAAUAAACUUUCGAAAACAGGUAAAAAACCGCCAUCCAAGCUAUGCUGCCGCUGCCGCUUGGAACACCGACUAGUGCGUGCUUUGUCUUCAGACAGACUGUGUAAAUAUCAAACUAAUAUCAUUAUGUUUCUUUUCCUAUGUCAACUUAACCAAGUUAAGAACAAAUCAUUUUUUUUAAUAAAAAUUGUACAGAAUUCAAUCGUGUUUUGUUUAGAUGAUCCAACAAUGUCAAACACGUGUGUUAUUGUAUUUGUUUUGCAUCACAUGUGUUCUUACCUCUUUACCUUUUCAGGUACAUGUAUGUGUUUAUGCACAAUACGUCUCUCUUGUACAUACCUGUUUACUUGCAAAUGCUUAAGAUAUUACAUGUGUUCUCUAUUAUCUCUUGUUCAUUUAAUACUUUUUUCAUUGCUUUUGGUGUCUUACUUACACUUGUUUUGAGGACAUGCAAUACCUUCCACCCACUUAACGGCACUUGUAAAAUAUAUUUUUGAAAAAUUGGAAGAACCUGUGUUCGAACCAUUUGUAUAUGUUGAUGCAAUAAAAUAUGUUCAAAUCAAAGUUCUUGGGAUGAAUGUUCCGUCCCUGUUCAUUUUGCGCAUAACAACCCUCUGUUGCGUUUCAAACCACAUUAUAUGGCAUAUCAGUUGCAUUAACAAGCACUACAAUAAAUUUGACAAGGUAGACCAAAAACCUAGGAAACGGUUAGAGUGAAGGUGUU